UGUAGGAAGGAAGAAUGCGAGGCGCAUUGGAUCGGCGCGUUCUUCUCAAGGUACGCUGCUACUGCACUAGUCCCGGGCGAGGAAGAGGAAGAGCCGCCGCGGCUCCACCGUCCAAGCAAUCGCCGCUACCGGCAGCCCCGGCACCAAAAUCCGCGCCGUCGUCUCCCGGUGUAGGUCACGGCAGUGGAAUCGCAGCUCCAGCUACAGCUCCUGUGUCGAGCUCCGGGCGAGGCAGGGGUGAAUCCCCGAUCGCAGCUGCUAGAAAUGCCACAGGGCAAGCACUACAAGCAAAUGUGGCUACAUCCAGUCCAGCUGCGGCAAUUCCACAGGCCAAAGCUACGGCAGCGAAGGCCGCGAAGGCCGCGAUUCCAGCACCAGUCAGCAGCAUCAUUGGUGUUGUGACGAGCGGCCAAUCUCCACCUCCUUCGCAGGCACCUGCGGAUCCUUCUUCGGAGCAGGAGACGCCCGCGUAUCCCCCGUCCAAGAAACCUACAAGCCGUCUUGAGGCUUCGGAAGCUUUUGGUGCGUUGAUCCAAUCCUGCGUCAGCCGAGGACUCUACUACGAGAUCGACUACGUGCAUGCAGCAAUGCAAGUUGCUCACAUUCCUACGACCAUGCAGACGUGCCAAACGCUUCUGAACGCCAACAUCCAGCUGGGAAACUCCCAGAAGAUGGAUAACAUUUACGCGGAGAUGCGGGAGAUCAGGACGGGGGGGCAGCAGAAACCAGAGCCGAGCGUACAGGAGAAAGCUCAGGCUUCAGAAACUCUUGCAGCGUUGAUAAGUUCGUGGUACAACCGGGGAUUUUACCAGGAGGUGGGCAUGGCUUACAGAGGGAUGAAAGCCGGCCAUCUGCCGGUGUCCAUGCAGGCUUGUAGAGUUGUGAUGGACGCCUACAAUCAACUGGGAAACUACUCAGCCAUGGAUAUGGUUUACAGUGAGAUGCGAGCACUGAUGACAGCAGCAACAGAAACACCAAUCGCUGCUCGGCAACCAGCAACAACAGUCUCAGCAGUCCCGGCGCAGCCAGUGACAAGACCACCCGCAGUACCAUCGCAUGGUGUCGGUCACGGAACACCUCUUCAGACACCUGGGAUGCAGCAUCAGAUUGGCCAGGCUCCUCAAUACCAGCAGCCUCAACAAGCUCCAGCCACAUUAAAUCCACAGCAGCCUGCGGCACCGCCAACACAGCAAUGGCCUCAAACGUCGGCUUACUAUCCACCGAAUCCAUAUGUCAAUAUGCAGCCGGUUCCUCAGGCUCCAGUCGGAUAUCAUCCUCAAAGUCAGCCUUCGGUAUAUCAUCCAGGAUAUCAACAAGCAUAUCAGGGGUAUCCGGGAUACUACCAGCAAGCUUAUCCGGGAUACCAAACGUAUCCAGGAUAUCCACCGGGCUAUCCUGGAUAUCAACCGGCUUAUCCUCCGGGCUAUCAGUAUCCCCCUCCACCUUAUGCACCAGCAGCAGUCCCACCGCCGCCACCUCCACAAAAUGUCGCUAUUGCAAGACCACAGCAAUAUCCUGCUACACAAGUUGCCACUCCAGCGCCGCAAGUUCCGACAUCAACUGGACAAGCUGCGCCACAAACUGUCGGCCAAGCUCCCCGACCAAAACUCGAGCUUCAGCCAAAGGCGCUUGAGUUUCUGCAGCAGUCACCAGAGUUACUCAAAGCUGCAGGUGAUAGAGCAACUCUUAUGGAAGGUAAAGCUGCGGCGAGUGCAGUGCGGCCUCAAACGCAGGUUCAAGGGCAACCUCCCCAGCAGUUUUCGCAGGUGCCGUAUCAACAAGUACCAAUGAGCGUCCACAGUCCAGCGCAGUUUACAGCAGGUGUUCCUCAAGUUAGACCGGCUGGACACGCUCAGUUCCAAGCGCCACCGCAACCAGUUCCGAUAUAUCCUUCAGGACUCCCUUUGAGACCAGGAGUGGUGCAAAGGCCAAUUGGCCAACCACCUUCGACGCAUGUUCCAGAAGCGCCAUCGGCCGCCAAGAAACUGCCACCUGAAGUUCCAGCCGUGAAAAUUGAGGCGUUGAAACCACCGCCACCACCACCAAAGCCUGUAGAGACGAAGAAAGCAGCGGUUGUGGACACGGUGUCUCCAAAACCUGCACGAGCAAAGACCGAUAUCAAAUCGCAAGUUGAGGCGAAGGUUGCAGUGGCGGCUAAGAGUAAAGAUGUGGCAGCGUCAGUGCCAAAGCCUGAGAAGACUGAAGUUAAGCCGAAGACACCUGCAGCGGUGGCUGAAGAGUCUACUCCAAAGCUGAAUCUCACGCCAAAGAAACCUUCAACUGUGACGGAGCCUCCUCCAAAGUUGGAUCUUCAGCUGAAGAAACCUGCAGAAAAGAAGGAAGAACCUCCAAAGUUAGACCUGAAGCUGAGGAAACCUCCAACAGUGACGGAAGAGCCGGCUUCUGCAAAACUCGAGGCUGCGCCUGAAACCAAAGACGAACCUGGACGUGCUAAACUGGAGCUUAAGUUGAAAAAGCCUUCGGUUGUUCCCGUAAGAAUGAAGGAAGAAACCACACCUGGAGCUGUGAAAGUACAAGAUGAACCAGCAGAAACGGAAGGAAGCAGACCUGGUGUUUCAAAAGCUGCGCCGUUGAAGCUGGAAGUAAAAUUGAAGAAAGAAAAAGUUGCAGAAGCUCCGACGCCCGAACCUCCAACUGUAUUGCAUGGACUUGGAAGAGGCAAAGUAGUGGAAGAAAAAUCUUCGGACCUUCCCAAGCCACCUCCGUUGCGUCUUGAUCUGAAGAAGCCGGGCUCACCGAAGGCAGUGAAAGAAACCGUUAAAGCUGCUGAGACAGAGACUCUUUCCGAGAGCGAGGCAUCUGAUACCGAAGUGGAUCGACUGCCUUCUAUCCGGAAAUUCAUUUCUCCUGGUCGAGGCAAAGGCGUCCCACUCAUGGAUCCAGUUGCAAGUCUUAUUGGCCUACACACGCCAACAGAUGAGCUACUUCAGGAGGAAGAAGCUUUGGAGAGUCAGCAAGGUGAACAGGAUGAAAGUUUGCCUGCUCUGCCUUUCGAAUCGAGACGAGGCAAAGGCAGGGGGAAAGUCAUCGAUCCCACUACUGUUGCUGCUGAAGUGAAGCGAUCGAAACUUAAGAGGGAAGAAGCAGCGGCGAGAGCCAUGGCUAUUCUGGAAGGUGGCUUGGGGAAGUCUCAGAUGUCCGCUUAUCUGGAGAGGAGGAAGAAGAGAUUCAGCGAUCAGUUUUCACUGGGGGACGUUACCAGCAAACGAACAACCGAAAUAAGACCGGGUGGCGGAGUCAAGAAAAGUAGUAGAGGCAAACAAGUGGUGCCUCAAGGUGUGAUAGAUUUGGAUGGAGCCAUCGAGUACGUAGCGCCGCAAGAGUAUAUGGCGAAAGGGGACGCUCUUACGAAGGUGGAGGAAGCGAUCAAGGGAACUUUGCACAGGCAUUUCAUGCUGGAUGUUGAUCCGGAGGCUGCAAUGGAGGAGUUUGGAACAAAUCCAGAUAUUGAUGACAAACCUUUGCCAACGUUGGAGGAAUCACUGGACAGAGCCAAACGAAAGCUCGUUUCGCAGGAUGGCAUUGACGAAAAAGCAUGGGAGGAAGCCGUGCAAGACGUGAAAGAGCGUGCCCCGCAACUCGAGUCUCUGAUCGAAACUUACACGGGCCCUCAGCAGAAAUCCGGGAAGAAGAAGAACGAGGAGCUCCAUAAGAUCGUGAAAGGGCUCCCACCGUUUGCCAGUCCCGAGCUAGCGGCGUUUGCCAAGAGAGCGAUGGUCACUCUUCAAAACAAUCCCGAUUGGAGCCAUGGAAACAAAACCAAGCUCUUGAAGAGGCUCGUGGCCGACGCUAGACAACUCCACGAGAGUGGGGCUUCUUAAACCCAGAAUUUUCAAUGUAAGAGGUUUUGUUC